GCAGACAUUCAGUGCCUCAGUGGCUUAGUACUAAUCGGGUGUCUCAACCAAACACUUCACUUUCAUAACUCUGUUAGUUGCACUUUCAAACAUUAGCACGUGAAUUAACCAUUCCAGGUUCACACUUUUAAAUAAAUUGUAAAAUACGCGAGCGUUCAACUCAUUCAACAGGUGCUCUUGCAAGUGAAUACAUUCCACGAUAAGUUCGUCAUAAAUUUGUUUUUGUUCACCGAGAGUUUCUGUUUGAGGGAUUUCUGGAGACUUCUUGCUGUGUCCACAGGUUUUUUACGCGGAAAAACGACUAGAAUCAUUCUGCAAUCCCAGUUUGCCGUUGAGUCGACAGUGGAUUUAUAAUCAAGAGAGAAAGAAAAAGUGACGUCACAGCUUCGAGCGUAGACAGAGUGACGUCACAAAUUCGAGCUUAGCAUAGGAUGGUGGAAGGUGAUCCCCGGGCCUGGGCAUACUAUAGGUGAGACAUUCAGAUGGCGGCCUAAAACACGAGCACACAAACGGCAGAGACUUCAAAGACGUAGAGCUUGGCGUGACCCUACCAUCACAUGAGCCAAUCUCUAGGAAAUCGUUGGAUGUAAACUCAACGCAGAAAGCAGUAUGUGACUUUGAAGAGGCAAUUGAACUUACUGGCUACGGCAGAUUUCAUUACUUUCUGCUGACAGUAUGUGGGUUCGUGUCGACGAGCGAGGAGAUGGAUGUUAUCUCGAUGUCGUUCAUUCUGCCCUCGGCUCAGUGCGACCUCGACCUCAGCACUCAGACCAAGGGCUGGCUCAACAGCAUCAUAUUCAUCGGUAUGAUGGUAGGCGCCUACUUUUGGGGCUCAAUAGCUGACACAGUGGGAAGGAAGAAAGUGCUGAUUGUCAUCUCCUUUAUGAAUGCCAUCUGCAUAGUGGCUUCCUCGUUCAGUCAAUCCUAUGCUCUAUUCAUGGUCUUCCGAUUCCUGAACGGCGCUGCCUUGGGAGGCAGUGGCCCCGUGAUUUGGUCGUACUUUGCCGAAUUCCAGCCGAAAGUGAAGCGAGGAUCAAUGCUCAGUUUUAUGGCCGCUUUCUGGACGCUGGGCAACCUCUUUGUAGCCAGUUUAGCAUGGCUGAUAAUUCCGUCAGGAAUCGGCUACAGGUCAGCUGGUGGCUUCCUGUUCAACUCUUGGCGCAUCUUCCUGUUGGUCUGCUCAAUUCCGUCGUUCGUGGUGGCCAUCCUGCUCUACUUCCUGCCCGAGAGCCCCAAAUUCCUGCUGACUCAGGGCAAACAUGACGAGGCGCUGGCAGUCUUCCAUCGCAUCUACUCUGUCAACACAGGCCGGUCGGCCGACACGUAUCCGGUUAAGCGCCUGCUGCAUCAAAGCCACGAGAUGCAAACUCAGCAGUCGUGCCCUGAGACAGGCAUCACGAAGUUUGGCAACAAUGCAGACCUGAACAGUGGCAAGCUGAAGCCGGGCUACGCGGAGGUGAAGAAUGGUCCGGUGCGUCUCAAGGUCAUGUUUGCCAGUAUAAUCGACAACACUGUACAGCUGUUCAAGCCCCCCAUCCUGCGCUUCACCCUCAUAUCCAUCACCAUCAAUCUCACAUUUCAUAUCGGGUACUACGGUCUGAUGAUGUGGUUUCCGGAGCUGUUCAAUCGGUUCGACGAGUUCUCCCGUGCGCACAACGGUCUGGAAGAGGCGGGCGUCUGCCAAGUGACCCACUUUGUCGUCAACUCGGGGUCCCAUUCUGACGCCGUCCUCUGCAGCGACAAAAUAGAGAGCGGAGUCUUUCUAGAGUCGUUCAUCACAGUCUCCUCUGCCAUACCCAGCAACAUCAUCGCUGUCUUCUUCAUGGACUCGCUCGGACGAAAGUUUUUCUUGGUUUUCAGCACGAUGAUGUCAGGUCUGUGUGCGGUGGGGAUGUUCUUCAUCUACAACAAAUUUCAGAAUCUGGUGGUGUCUUCGAUAUUCAGUGGGGUGAUCAGCUGUGGCAAUGCAGCUCUCGACUGCCUUAUCACCGAGAUAUUUCCGACGCACCUUCGCGCCACCGGUGUUGCCAUUUCCAUGGUUGCCGCCCGCCUAGGGGGUAUCAUCGGCAACAUUGUCAUAGCCCUGCUUUUGGACCUCUAUUGCCCCGCCCCAACGUUCAUAGUCGCUGCUCUAUUAAUAGGCGGUGGUCUCCUGUGCCUAUAUUUACCGAAUACCACACGUGAGCCACUUUCGUGACCUCGGUACACCGGCUUCCAUUGCCACAGCUCCAUAUCAGAACCAUAUGGUCUCCAACCACUGAGAAUCCAUGUGUCACCAAUCAGGAAAUCAUGUGUCACAAGAAAUCAUGCAUCACAGGAAAUCAUGUGUCACAAGAAAUCAUGUGUCACAGGAAAUCAUGCAUCACAAGAAAUCAUGUGUCACAAGAAAUCAUGUGUCACAGGAAAUCAUGUGUCACAAGAAAUCAUGUGUCACAAGAAAUCAUGUGUCACAGGAAAUCAUGUGUCACAAGAAAUCAUGUGUAACAGGAAAUCGGUGGUAUGGCUGAGAGUGUGCAUGAAAAGAUUUAGCAUAACAUCGACGUUUCGUUUACUUCAAGCGAUUUUUAUUGAUCAAGCUGCGGGUAGGUACAGUCCGAGUCCUGUAGCUUUGCCUAUCGGCGGAGGGCCACUAGACUACAAUUACAAUACUAACCCCCGUUCAAAAACAUGCAACAUUUUAAUAAUGUAUCUUUUCAUGAGCAACAGAUGCUCUCUUGUAUGUUCUUAAAAGCAACGUGUUGCAUCCGAAAAGAUACAAAAGGAGCUUAAAUGUAUCCUUCCAUAAGCAACAAAUGUUCUUUUGUAUCUUCUCAAAAGCAACGUGUUGCAUCUGAAAAGAUACACAAGGAGUUGCAAUGUAUCUUUCUAUAAGCAAAUGAUGCUCUUUUGUAUAUUUUCAGAUGCAAUACGUUGCUUUUGAGAAGAUACAAAAGAGCAUAUCUGGAAAGAUACAUUAGAGCACAUUGUAUCAUACAAUGCUCUCUGUAUGAUACAAAGAGCAUACAGAUGCUCUUUUGUAUCUUCUCAAAAGCAACGUGUUGCAUCUGAAAAGAUACUCAAGGAGUUGUAAUGUAUCUUUCUAAAAGCAAAUGAUGUUCUUUUGUAUCUUCUCAAAACCAACGUGUUGCAUCCGAAAAGAUACACAAGGAGCUUUAAUGUAUCUUUCCAUACGCAAAAGAUGCUCUUUUGUAUCUUCUCAAAACCAACAUGUUGCAUCUUAAAAGAUAAGAGCUUUAAUGUUUCUUUCCAUAAGCAACAUAUAUGCUCUUUUGUAUCUUCUCAAAAGCAACGCGUUGCAUCCGAGAAUAUACACAAGGAGCUUUUAGGAGUUACGUCUUUCUAGCACAACACAGCCAUCAGCUGAGAUUCGUUCAACAUGCUCUUUCCAUUGUUGGUGUUACGUUGCAACUCCAUCAUUCAUGAAGAAUCUCUGUGUGUAGGGGGCUCCCUCCAUCUAGGGUGUAGCAUACUAAAUAAAGUCUGGUUUACACGAGGAAAGUUAGAAGGCAAGUGACUCAGCACCAUUUAGAGGAAAUAAUAGUUCAAGUGAAAACAUUCGGACAGAAAAAGUUAAAAUUGAACUUAUACUUGUCAGGCCAACUGGACUCAUGUAAAUCAUUCUUUAUAAAUGGCAUGGAGGUCAGUAUUUAUGAACGACUCUUGAGGACAAACUUAGCCAAACACAAAGCAUGGCAGUCAAGAAUCGAUCGAUUGCUUUUGGUCAGAGACUUUGGUUUUAGAGACAACACACUCAUACUAGGCUAAGUUCGUUCUUAAGAAUCACUGUAUUUGAGAAGUUAGGUACAUUUUCUCUGAAGUCGAAUAUUUCCAUGUCAGUAGGAAAAACUGGUUUCCACUUAUCUGAUCAAAAUCAUUACACGAAUAUAAAGUAAUUCCACAAACGUCAUUUAUUUU